AUGUCUGUUGGGACAAUAUGUGGAAACCUUCUUGUAAUAAUCUCCAUCAUUUAUUUCAAACAGCUGCAGACUCCUACUAACUACCUCGUCCUCUCUCUGGCUGUCACCGACCUGCUUGUUGGAGUUUUAGUCUUCCCGUUCAGCAUGGCGGUCACUGUGAGCUCGUGUUUGUAUCAUGAAGAUUUAUUCUACAGAUAUUACGCAGUAUGUCAGCCUCUCACCUACAGAACCAGAAUAAAUACUCGAGUAACUCUGAUCAUGAUCGUGGUGAGCUGGAGUGUCUCUGUUGCAAUCGGGAUCGGUAUCAUCGUUGCAGGAUUCAGCCAAGGUACAUGUGAAGAAGCGUGCUCAGCUGAUCUUCUGGUGGCCAACACCAUGGGGCCGGUGUUUUCAUUCUACCUUCCUGCUGUCAUCAUGCUCUGCAUUUACCUCAAGAUUUUCCUUGUUGCACAGAAACAAGUAAACAGUAUCCACAAUGCAAAUUCUGGAGCAACUGUUAGUAAGAUGGAGAGGAAGGCCACCAAAACUCUGGCUAUCGUUAUGGGUGUGUUUCUUUUAUGUCUCUCUCCUUACUUCAUCUGUGUUGUUUUUCAGCCUCUAGCUAAUGAUCCAGCUCCCGUCCCUGUGAUUGAAUCACUGAACUGGCUGGCUUUGUCCAAUUCGAUGCUGAAUCCUUUGAUUUAUGCUUUCUUUUACAGCUGGUUCAGAUCAGCGUUCAAAAUGAUAAUUUCUGGAAAAAUAUUCCAAGAUUCAUCUGUUCACUUUUCUCUCUUUUGA